UUGGCUGCUUGAGUUGUGAGAGCAGAACACAGGACUUUGACCCUGCCACUAAGCGGCCCUCCUCAGUCUCGUCUCUGAGUGGGAUUGUGGGUCGGAUGAUGUCGUCCGGUGAGCGAGGAGCCUCGUCCUCCUCCUGCACCUCCGUCAACACCGUGUGCUCGGACGGCGAGCGUCCCGCCUCCCUCUCGCUGUCCUCCUCCGCGUCCUCCGUCUCCCUGCAGGACACCUCCCACUCCUCCUCGUCCUCCUCCUCUUCCUCUCUGCCGUACGGCGCCGUGCCGACCUACAGCGCCUCCUCGUCCUCCUCCACGCCGAAGAGGAACGGCUCCGACAUCAGCCUGGACCUCACGCCCCUCGUCACUCCGUGUGGGGGAGGAGCUCCCGGGGGAGGAGGAGGAGCCUGUGUUGCGACAGGUGGAGGUAACCACCCCGAUGGCCACGGAGCCAAUCAGGUGGCGGCGGCGCCCAGACAGCUUUCCCGGCUGGAGCGAGUGGUUCUGGAGAUCGUAGAGACGGAGCAGGCCUACGUCAGAGACCUGAAGAGCAUCGUGGAGGAUUAUCUCGGCUCCAUCAUCGACUGCGGCUCUCUGCCUCUGAAGCCGGAGCAGGUGAGCACGUUGUUCUGUAACGUGGAGGACAUCUACGAGUUCAACAGCGAUCUCCUGGAGGACCUCGAGAGGAGUCCUCACGCUGUGGCCAUCGCCGAGUGCUUCGUGGAGAGGAGUGAAGCCUUCGACAUCUACACCCUCUACUGCAUGAACUACCCCAAUUCGGUGGCGGUGCUGAGGGACUGUAUGAAGAACGAAAGUCUGGUUCCUUUCUUCCAGGAGAGACAGACGACUCUGAACCAUUCGUUACCUCUGGAGACGUACCUGCUGAAGCCUGUCCAGAGGAUCCUCAAGUACCACCUGCUCCUACAGGAACUCUCAAAGCACUUUGACAAGAGCGACCCCAAGUAUGAGGUCAUCGAGGACGCCAUCAUCACCAUGACGGCGGUGGCGUGGUACAUCAACGACAUGAAGAGGAAGCAGGAGCACGCCGAGCGGCUGCAGGAGAUCGAGUCCCUGCUGGUGAACUGGAGUGGGCCGGACCUCGGCGGGUUCGGAGAGCUGGUCCUGGAAGGUUCCUUCAGGGUCCACCGGGUGAAGAAGGAGAGAGCCUUCUUCCUGUUCGACACCAUGCUGCUGAUCGCCAAGAAGAGGCUGGAGCUGUUCGUCUACAGCACGCACAUCUUCUGCUGUAAUCUGCUGCUGGUGGAGACUCUGAAGGAUUCUCUGUGCUUCAAAGUUUCUGAUCACACGAUUCCCAAACAGCAGCACGUCGUCCAGACGAGGAACCAGGAGGAGAAGAGACUUUGGGUUCACUACCUCAAGAGACUCAUCGUAGAAAACCACCCUGCAUCUCUACCACAGAAGGCCCGUCAGGUCCUGGGAGACCACUUCUGUCAGACUCCUCAGUUCCACCAGGACGACCAGAAGAAGGCGUCGCCACGACCGGACGACCUCCACGGCUUCCACCGAGGCCGGCGGCAAUCAGGUCAGGAGCCUCCAGAACUGCUCAUGUACACGCCGGAGAAGUCCAGGAAGAGUCUGCCGCUGCUGCUGGAGGGGAACCUGCCGUACCGCCGCAGCCGGAGGCAGUCAGCUCCGGCUAAAGACAUCGCAGCAGCGUUCCAUCCAAAGGCUCUGAAGCCGGCCGACACUCUGGACUCAGCGGGCAGCAGCGUUAUGGAGGUGGAGGCCGAUAGCACCACCCAGAGACCGGAGCGAGAGGAGGAGGAGGGAGAGGAUGAAGAGGAGUUGACCCCCCUCAGCCCUCCUUCUACGCUGUCGAUCACCGAAGAGAUCCUGGAGUUCAUCAACCAGAGCAGAGCCAGAGACGGACUCAGCGCCAUCUACGCCGACACACCGGAGUAUGAGCUGGAUCAGCCCAAAGAGAGUCAGCCUCCAUCUAUCCAGAACAACUUCACCUGCCCACUGCCCCCAGCCGCCUGCCCCUCCAGUCCAGAACAAAGACCCACAAUGCACCAGGAGCAGGAAACAGCAGAGACUGAGAACGACAGCAUCUACCGAAGUCCGACUGGUGGCCCUGGAGAGGAAAUUGAUCUUGAAAGUGAGAGGAUGGCGAAUGAAGUCCAGGAAAUUCAAGAGGCUGCAAGUAAAGUGGAGAAAGGAGUGGAGGUGGGUGAAGGAGCAGGAGAUGUGUUGGGAAAAGAGGAAGAAGAGGAAGAAGAGGAGAAAACAAAGGAUGAAGGAGAGAUCAUCACACAUGCAUCAGAUCUUCAUCCCUCCCACUCUGCAGAGGAAGAAAUAAUGAGUUGUGAGUCACUCAGAGAAGAGGUGAUCACUGAAACCACCACUUCCUCCCCGAAUCCAAAUCCCCCUCAUCCCCCCACCCAGAGAGACCAACCAAGAGGCUCCCACCUCACCAAGAGAGACAAGAAGAUCAUCGAAAAGAUCAGGAGCUACUACGAAGCGGCAGCCGAGGCCGAAGAGGACGAGGCAGAGGAGGUGGAGGAGCAGGAGGAUGAACGAGGAGACGGAGUGGCACAGAGAAGGAGUGGCAGUUUCUCACAAAUCCCAUCCGGCUUGGUGAAGGAGUCGGUGUCACGAUUUGACCUGAGCGGACACCAGGAGGAGCCAGAGAGUGGGCGAUGCAAGUGUGACACAAUGGAAGGGAUCAAUGGAGAGGCCGAUCCAGAGAUCUCUGGCUUCACUCAACUUGCAGAGUUAGAGAAUGACGUACAGGAGGAGAAGCCAAUCCACUGCUUGGAUUUCGAUGCGGAUGGUCAAACCUCUCCCGAGAUUCAGGCCGAGGAGACUGCAAACCAGGUGAAUCUACAGUCGAGCCGUCCUGUUGAAGAAAAAGCUGACAAAUUGGGCAAAAAUAGAAAAGUCUGCAGAGGACCAUCAGAGGAAUUUUUGGAGGAACAGCAGACGAGUGUUGUGGCUAUCGGAGAUCCCGGAGAAGACCCAUGUACUACCAAACAGUACAGGUGCACAGAGGAACCAAUCAAAACCAGUGCUGGAAAUCCAGUUGUUAUGAAUGGACAUGAGCCAAACCGAGCCGGACUAGCUGAACCAAAUGGAAGCCACAAAGAGCCGCCUACUCCUCUGCAAGCUACAGAACAAUGUCAAAAAACUGAGGCUGAGACUCAGUCCACUUGGACUACAAGCAAACACAGAGACCUAGAAAGAACCAGCGGGAACCUUGAAGGUCUUCCCAGUCAGAUAAAAGUGGGUCGAUGGUCCCGCCGCUCAAGGAUUGUCACCGCCAACAGGGUCUUGUUUGAGAGCAUGGGGUCGGACGUAGCUGGUAUUGGGUUAUUUGAGACCAGCCCUGUGGUGGACCCCAUGCUGAUGGAAAACUCAGAGCGCAUUCUGAGCAAGGUCCAAACGUUGGCCUGCAUGUACAGCGCCAAAGCCAGCACCAUGAAGGUCCCACUGCAUCAGAAACGGGCCAGCAAUGUAUGGAACCAAUCAUGGGGCUCAGGUAGACUGUCUGGAUACUCAACUCAGACCCAAACUGAAGGCCAUUUGAUUCUAAUUCCGACUCAAAUACAGAACCCGACUAAGUACCGGCAGCAAACACAAUACCAAGAGGAAGUCGUUCAAUCAGAGACCCACUCAGAAACCAAAUAUGGAACCCAAACUCACUCCGAGACCAAAGUCCAGAGUCAAACCGUAUCGCAGAUCCAAACUAAAAACCAAAUGUGGAGUCAGACACAAUACCAAAGCCAGAACCAGAUCAAGACUCACAGCCUGUACCAAACCCAAACCACAAGCCAGGAGGACCGGACGAUCCAGGAGGAGAGGACGAUAAACAGAGCAGAGAGCCUGACGAACGAUCCCCAGCAGACCCCCAGUGGUCCUCUGCUGGUCGGCCAUGCGUCGGUCAAAGAGCAGCCGGCGUCUCACCGUCAGACCAACGGAGUCCGGCUCUCCAGACCCAGAGACUUUAUCUCUGCCUUGACCAAAGAAAGAAACUGUGGAUCGAUUGACGGCUUCCAGACCUCCACCUCUCCUGGGGAAAGUCCACCCAGACACCUCCGCGGGUUCACCUCCUCCGAGGAUCGGGGCACCGGUCUGUGGCGCUCUGCCAGCAACAGCCCGCCGCCGUCAACCGUGAACCUGGACUGUGGAGUCACGAGAGGGGGAGCCCUGGAUCCCACCGGGGAGGUUUAUAAAGAGAGAGAGAAAAGAGGGAGGUCCUCGUCCUCUACAGACGCCAUCACCCGGCCCACCGACUCCGAACCAAGUCUCUCCGCUCAGAGCAAAGCACCCUGGGAAUUCUCCAGAGACGGGGAGGACUUGCAGGAUUCACAGCGAGAUAUCCCAGAAUGCAACAGUUCCACUGGACAGACGUGCAACGAGGACGUGUUCACCGUAGACGGAGAGGCACCUGGAGGAGAGCUGGUGCUGAGUCCAGCAGAGUCCACAUCCACACAGAGUCCAGCAGGGUUCACAUCCACACAGAGUCCAGCAGAGUCCACAUCCACACAGAGUCCAGCAGAGUCCACAUCCACACAGAGUCCAGCAGAGUCCAUAUUCACACAGAGUCCAGCAGAGCCCACAUCCACACAGAGUCCAGCAGAGUCCAUAUCCACACAGAGUCCGGCAGAGUCCACAUCCACACAGAGUCCAGCAGGGUUCACAUCCACACAGAGUCCAGCAGAGUCCACAUCCACACAGAGUCCGGCAGAGUCUAUAUCCACACAGAGUCCAGCAGGGUUCACAUCCACACAGAGUCCAGCAGAGUCCACAUCCACACAGAGUCCAGCAGAGUCCACAUCCACACAGAGUCCGGCAGAGUCCACAUCCACACAGAGUCCAGCAGAGUCCAGCAGAGCCAGGUUCUCGGAGGAGGAGUCAAACAGCUCCUGGUCUCAAACCAGGAUGCUCCUGCACGGCUCCUCUGUGAUCUUCACAGAGUCUUGUUACGCCUCCUCCAGAGAACACCUAGGUCAACACUCGACCUUUGACCCCUGGCGGGUUCCUGGGGACACGGAGGUCCACGGAGCCGGAGCACCGAGUCCGGAGGAGGUCCACGGAGUCGGAGCGCCGAGUCCGGAGGAGGUCCACGAAGCCGGACAACCGAGUCCGGAGGAGGUCCACGGAGUCGGAGCACCGAGUCCGGAGGAGGUCCACGGAGCCGGACAACCGAGUCCGGAGGAGGUCCACGGAGCCGGAGCACCGAGUCCGGAGGAGGUCCACGGAGUCGGAGUGCCGAGUCCGGAGGAGGUCCACGGAGCCGGACAGCCGAGUCCGGAGGAGGUCCACGGAGCCGGACAACCGAGUCCGGAGGAGGUCCACGGAGCCGGAGCACCGAGUCCAGAGGAGGUCCACGGAGUCGGAGUGCCGAGUCCGGAGGAGGUCCACGGAGCCGGACAACCGAGUCCGGAGGAGGUCCACGGAGCCGGAGCACCGAGUCCGGAGGAGGUCCACGGAGCCGGAGCACCGAGUCCAGAGGAGGUCCACGGCUCGCAUCCCGCCGACCGCCUCCCGACGUUCACCAGCCAGAGGCCGCAGGACCUCCAGGCUGCUCCGAAGAGGCGGGCUCCGGCUGACACCAGGGAUUCAGACCACCAGGACUCUCGAUCCCCCACCGGCCGCCCGUCUUCCAGAUCCUCCUCGAAGAACCUGCUGGAGAGACAAUCCCCAGCCACUGCACCCCCUGGACCGGACGCAGACCCCUCAGCCUUCAGACCCAGCCUCAGGCAGCGCUCCCCCUCCCCUGUUAGAGCCCUCCCUCCAUCCUCCUCCUCCUCUGUCCGAGCACCUCCCUGCUCCUCACCAUUCAGGGUUGUUCCAGCAUCUUCUCCCAGCUCUGCGUCCGCUGGAGACACCUCCCUGAACACCGUCUCCAGAGCUCUUCCCUGUUUCUCCCCCACUCCCUCUCCUGGGAGGGGCUCUUCCUCUGGGAGGUCCCCGUCGAUGAGAGCAAGUCCACUGUCGUCUCCUCCGCAUACCUCCCCUGUCGCUUCUUCCUGUGCCUUCACCAGAUCCCUAGCCGCCUCCUGUAUUAGCCAGUCCAUCAGUCAGAGCAUGGCGAAGAAGAACAGCGCCCUGCAACAAGCCCCGCCCACAAACCAAAGCCCCUCCUCCACGCCUUCCUUACCGUCCUCUCAUCUGCGUCGGCGCUCCCCUUCACCUAAACCUCCUCCCGGUCAACAGGGCUCCAGCACGCCUGCGUACGCCCAGCUAGGGUGCCCCAAAGACGGGUACCAACACCCUCGGGGUCCCCUGUCCUCCCUCUGGUCCUCCUGUCCUCCUCCGUCUCUUUCCCAACGCUCCCCUUCCCCGUCCAUGACCCGUCAUCACCAACCUUCCCCUCGUCCCGCUUUCCUUCACUCCAAGAGCGACUCAAACGCAAACAACAACAACAACAACAACAGUAACGUUAGCUUUGCUGCUACGAUUGGCAAUGAGCCACUAGCUAGCGGGAGCACCAACGCCGCGGUGGUUCCACAGACGGCGGAUCCCCUCUGGUCCGGGUCACACAAUCGCGUGGCUCGGCCUUUCUCUGCGUCCGAACCCAGCUCGCGAGUUCAAUCCCCGUUGUCUCCCUCUCCGACCCCGGCUUCUUUUACCCGCCUAUGCUCCCAACCUCCUCAACAUGACUACACCUCCCCCAUGGCAAACAAGCCCCCCCACCCUCGGAGCACUCGGGCAGGAGGUGCGAGUUCCCACAACCCGCUCGGCCUCACUUUGGAGAUGCCGCGGUCGGCGUUCGGGCAGACUUCACCGUGUCUGAGCCCUCGGAUCCUCUCCCCGCCGCCCAUCGGCGUGCCGAUGAAUGUUUGGACCAAUAACGUCGCAGCACCUCAACCUAGAAACCCCAAAUAUCCCUCCUCCUCUCCCUCUCUUUCCUUCUCCUCACGAGGCUCGCCAACACUGGAGAAUGAAUCUUUGGUCGCCUCACAAACCCUCCGACGGUCUCACUCCUCCAACAUGGCGGACCGACCCCCAAGCCCGGCCAGGAGCAGCCCUGGCGGAGCACGGCGCUCCUCCUCCUCCUCUCUCUCCCACACCCUCCUCUCCUCUCCGGUGCCUUCAGACAGCCAGUCUGAGUGGGCCGACCCGGAGAUCCAGGAGGGUACCUGUCGCAGUCAGCUGAUCUGCGCCUACGUUGCCCGACCCUCCUCCUCAUGCAUGCUUCGCUCCACUUCCCCUCCACCUCCCUCCUACCAGCACCACCACUACCAAUCCACAAUGCCUCCCCCGUUGCCCCCGAGCGCAUCGCCAGUCCCCUUUGACCUUUCCCCUCCGACCAAACAGGGGAACCAGAAGACCAGUUACGCCACCACGGUCAACCUCCGGAUCGCUGGGAGCGGCCGAAUAACCUCCUUCAGCACCGCCCAAGUUAGCCUGACCCAGACCCUGCAGGGUGGAGCCGGAGGCGGGGGUCCGGGUCCGGGACCGGGUCCGGAACCUGGACCGGGCCAGUCCACGAGGAGAAUAAGCAUCAAUGGACUCUCACACAUUCCUUCGACUCUUUCUCAGAACUGUGACAGGAUGUGAAAGAAAGAGAGGAGCCUUUGUGGCAUUACGAGAAGAAAAGUGAAAAGUAAAAGGACUCACUGAAUGUUGUCAACUCACAGGAUAAAGAAUACGUUUACAUGCACCAAAGAUACUCACUCUCUCUAAAGGUUCUACAUCUAUAUAUACAUAUAUAAACAUAUAUAUAUAUGUUUAUAUAUGUAUAUAUAUAU